UACAAAUACACAAAAGAGUAAAUUUGAGUGUUCAUUUGGGCCUAUUUAUUUAUUGAAGAACUUAGGGUUUUGGAAGUUCAAUUGAUCCAGAAGGUCGGUUUGUUAGGUUCCUCAAAUAUCAAUCUUUUCCCUGUUAGAUCACAUCAUUUAAGUAUUUGUAACGCUGUAUUUGUUUAACGAGCCAUGGAGAUUUGGUUGGUAUUUUAGAAGACAAAUCCCAUGUAAGUUCUGUUCUACAUUCAUCUGCUGCAAAACACAAUCAAUAAGCUGUUUGUCUGUUCCAUUUGCUUGACACAAUAUGAGCUCUCCAUCAACUGAACUUACCAGAAGGAUGACAAUAUACGAGCAACUAAACCAAAUAAGCCGGUGGGGAGACUCAUUCAAUCGUGGUGAUAGUCCAAAUACAGGAUCAUCCACAAUUGUAGAGGGGGAUGUUAGGCUAGAGAACAAGGCUGGAUACAUUUCUUGUGAUCAAGUUGAACCUUCAAGAAGUGAUCAAGAAACAAACAAGCCCAUUGAUAAGACACAGAGACGUCUGGCACAAAAUCGAGAAGCUGCUCGUAAAAGUCGUCUACGGAAAAAGGCCUACGUUCAACAAUUAGAAUCAAGUCGUUUGAAACUAGCUCAACUGGAACAAGAGCUCGAAAGAACUAGGCAGCAGGGUAUAUACAUAAGCAGUCCAUCAGAUACUGGUUAUUUUGGACUGUCUGGAACCGUAAACUCAGGGAUUACUGCAUUUGAGAUGGAAUAUGGACACUGGGUUGAGGUGCAAAAUAAACAGACUUGUGAACUUAGAAGUGCACUCCAGGCACAUAUCACUGAUAUAGAGCUACAAAUACUGGUAGAACAUGGCUUGAAUCACUAUUGCAAUCUGUUCCGUAUGAAAGCUGAUGCUGCAAAGGCAGAUGUCUUUUAUUUGAGCUCCGGCAUUUGGAGAACUUCAGCUGAGCGUUUCUUCCAUUGGAUUGGAGGAUUCCGACCGUCAGAGCUUUUAAAUGUUGUGAUGUCACACAUUGAGCCCUUGACUGAUCAACAACAGUUGGAGGUUUGUAACCUUAGACAAUCUUCUCAGCAAGCUGAAGAUGCUCUUUCCCAAGGAAUAGAUAAACUUCAGCAGAAUUUCUCCUGCAGUGUAGCAUCUGAUUUGAGUUGGGGACACUACAGAGCUCAGAUGGCUGUUGCAACUGAUAUAAUAGAAGCCCUUGAGGGCUUUGUAAAUCAGGCCGAUCACCUUCGGGAACAGACUUUGCUACAGAUGGUUCGUAUCCUAACAACACACCAAGCAGCUCGAGGUUUACUCGCCUUAGGGGAUUACUUCAACCGUCUCCGAGCUCUCAGUUCACUCUGAGUUGCCCAUCCACGUUAACCACCAAUAUAUCUAGGCUGUAGGAUCACCACAAAUUUGCUCCUCAAUUGGUAAGCAAAUAUAUUUUGGAGGUCUUGUCAUAUGAACUUCAGUAUAUACUACAUGAUAUAUAUAUAUGUGUGUGUGUGUGUGUGUGUGUGUGCGCUUAUAAUGUUUGAAAGAAAGAAAGAAACUUCUUGAGCACAAAACCUGUAAAUAUGAAUCUUAUAUUGUCUGAAAGCUGGAGAAUUAUAUUAGCAAGAUGUGAUUACCUUAA